GUAAUCCCCUCCUCCACCCCCUCAAGAUUUCCCAAGAUGAGUCACCGUAAGUACGAAGCGCCCCGCCAUGGCUCCCUUGGCUUCCUCCCCCGGAAGCGUGCCGCCCGUCAUCGCGGAAAGGUCAAGUCUUUCCCCAAGGAUGACCCCAAGAAGCCUGUGCACUUGACUGCUGUCAUGGGUUACAAGGCCGGUAUGACCCACGUUGUCCGUGACCUUGACCGUCCAGGAUCCAAGAUGCACAAGCGUGAAGUCGUUGAGGCCGUCACCAUCAUUGAGACCCCUCCUCUCAUUGUUGUCGGUGUUGUCGGUUACGUCGAGACUCCCCGUGGUCUCCGCACCCUCACGACCGUCUGGGCCUCGCAUCUUUCUGAUGAACUGAAGCGUCGGUUCUACAAGAACUGGUACCGCUCCAAGAAGAAGGCCUUCACUCGCUACGCCAAGAAGCACGCCGAGGACGGCGGCAAGUCCAUCUCCCGCGAGCUCGAGCGCGUUCGCAAGUACUGCACUGUCGUCCGUGUCCUCGCACACACUCAGAUCCGCAAGACCGGCCUCGCGCAGAAGAAGGCGCACCUGAUGGAGAUCCAGGUCAACGGUGGCUCUGUCGCCGACAAGGUCGAGUUCUCUCAGGGCCUCUUCGAGAAGCCCAUCGAAGUUUCGUCCGUCUUUGAGCAAGACGAGGUUAUCGAUGUCAUUGCCGUCACGAAGGGUCAUGGUUUCGAGGGUGUCACCCACCGUUGGGGUACCAAGAAGCUUCCUCGCAAGACGCACAAGGGUCUUCGCAAGGUCGCUUGUAUUGGUGCAUGGCAUCCGUCGAAGGUCAUGUUCUCCGUUGCCCGUGCUGGUCAAAACGGUUACCACCACCGCACGGAGCUCAACAAAAAGAUCUACCGCAUCGGUCUCGGCACGGAUAACGGCAACGCGUCGACUGACUCGGAUAUCACCAAGAAGGCGAUCACGCCCAUGGGUGGCUUCCCCCACUACGGUAUCGUCAAGAACGACUACCUGAUGCUCAAGGGCUCCAUCCCCGGUACCAAGAAGCGUGUGAUCACCCUGCGCAAGUCGCUCAUGGUGCACACUUCUCGCCGGGAUCUCGAGAAGGUCCAGCUGAAGUUCAUCGAUACGUCGUCGAAGUUCGGUCAUGGAGCUUUCCAGACGUUCGAAGAAAAGGCCGCGUUCUUGGGAACGCUCAAGGCCCGGGAUUGAUUCGUCUUGUAUCGCACUCUUACUUAGGCAUCUAUGUUUGUCGUUGUUGUCGCUCUACCUCCACAUGUUAUGCAAUAGUAUUGCUCCGAGCACGGACACGAGUGAAUAAUG